GGGCGGGGCAGAGGCAGCGGCAGAGGCAGCGGCGGUUGGGUGAGGCGGUGCUUUGCGGGCCCUGAUGGGGUGACCCCGGACCCAAGGCCCCCAGGAGCGUGUGAGACUGAAGCCCAGCUCUUGCGGGAGAGUACCUGGAACAUAAAGAUCCAAAGCGUUUCUGCUGAGCCGUGGCAGAUGUGUGGUGGCCCUACUAAGAGAUAUCAGGAUGACCUCUUCACUUGACGUUCCUCCAAAUUAUGAGGAGGUAUUUGCUCAUCGAUUUACAGCAGAUGAUAAGGAGUAUCAAGAGUACCUGAAACGUCCUGCAGAUCCACCUCCUGUAGUAGAAGAAUGGAGAACUAGAUAUGGUGGCAACCAGAGAAACAGAGAUCGGUUUCAAGAUGGCAGACAGUAUAGAGGAGACAGGUAUAACUGGCAAGGUGACAACAGAUAUAAUCAGAGGCAAGAGAGAAGCUGGGGUAAUAACUACCAACAAUACAGACAAGAAGACUCUUUCUCCCCACAAUAUGGGCAGUAUGGCAAAAACUCCUACAAUAAGAGGCCCCGUUAUGGCUACUAAUAAUGCAGUACUUUCUAGUUAAGCAUCCUGUAAACCUGUAUAACUAUAUCUUGAAUGAGAUGUGAUGCUUUAUUUUGUGUUCGUCUUUUUUUUGUAGCUAGCUUAAAAUAAUGGGUAUUUGUUUGUAAGGCCUGCUAAUGACACGCUAUAUUGCAAGUUACAACCGGCAUCCUUUUUUUGGACAAUAAAAUUCUUUAAAAAAAAACUAGUAUUCAAUUUCUAUGUGGGACUUUGGUCUAGGUGAAUAUUAAUACACUCUUACUCCCGCUCCA